ACUCAUUUCUUUGGAUUGUGAGGUCGGUUUGGUAGCGUCGUUUUUCAUGACAAUAUUAUAAAAAUGGAAAAUCCUGCUAAAGUUCAGGCAGAGGCUAAUUCUAUAGUGCACGAAUAUAUUCAAGCAUUUGAUAAAUCAAUCGCUCAAAAAUUUUUGGAGAUAACAAAAGCGAAACGCGCAAAAGUAACAUCAACACGUAUUGUGCAAAUUUUACUGCAAAGAAGCCAGUCAGGAAAAGCUCAUCAAAAGGAAGCAUCAAGUUCGGAUGAUUCCAGUGAAGAAGAUGCGAAAGCUAAGAAACCGCAGCCUCAAAUCAAUGGUAAAGGUCCAGUAACAAAGAAAAAACCAGACUCGUCUGACUCUGAUAGUUCCGAUGAUGAAAAACCAGCACAGAACAAACAAAAACCUGUGCAGAAACCUAUUGUAAAUAAAAAAGCAGAAUCAUCAGAUGACAGCGAUAGUAGCGAAGAUAAUGCAACUUCAAAACCAACAAAGCAACCAGUUAAGCCACAGCAGAAAAAUGUACCGGCAAAGGUUAAUAACAAAAAAGAUUCAUCUGAAAGUGACAGUAGCGAAGAUGACCAACCUCAAAAGAAAAUUCAACCUAAACCUACUCCAAUAAAAGCAACUCCAGCUAAGAAGCAAGAAUCUUCAGAUGAUAGUGACAGUAGUGAAGAUGAAAAAGCUAAACAAAAAUCUGCUCCAAAAAGUGUACCUGCUAAACCUGCUCCAGCUAAAAAACAAGAAUCGUCCGAGGAUAGUGAUGAUAGCAGUGAAGAUGAAAAACCUAAAGCUAAAGCAACUCCUCAAUCCAAAGCUUCUGUUGCUCAAAAGAAAAAACAGGAUUCAUCUGAUGACAGUAGUAAAGAGGAAAAACGGGCAGCAACAACUAAGCCAGUUGGUAAGCAACAACCCAUGUCCGUGAAGGCUCAACAAAAAAAACAAGCUUCAUCAUCUGACAGUGAUAGCAGUGAAGAAGAAUCGAAACCCCAACAGAAGACCCCUUUGAAACCAGUUGUGAAAGGAACACCGGCCAAAAAGCCAGAAUCAUCAUCAGAUGAUAGUAGCGAUGAUGAUGAACCAUCUAAAAAAAAACAGCCUACAAAACCCACUCCUGCUAAAGCUGUUAAAAACACACCAGUUAAAAAACAAGAGUCAUCUGAUGAUAGUGAUGAUAGUAGUGAAGAUGAAAAACCGAAAAAGGCAGUUCCAAAACUACAAACAGUGCCAGUAAAACCAGCAAAUAAAGCACCAGCAAAAGCAGAUUCAUCUGAUGACACUGAUAGUAGUGAAGAUGAAAAGCCUGCAAAAAAAGCUCCUGUGAAGACACCUGUCAAACCUACACCAACUAAAAAACAAGAUUCAUCCGAUGAAAGUGAUAGUAGUGAAGAUGAUAAACCUGCCCAAAAAAAACCAGCUAAACCACAACCGCCUGCCAAACCAACUCAAAAGAAAGCCGACACAUCAGAUAGUGAAGAAGAUAGCAGUGAGGAUGAAAAAUCGAAUGUUGCUCCAUCAAAAAUGAAGAAAUCUGCUUCUAAAAAGGCAGAAUCAUCUGAUGAAGAUAGUAGUGAUGAAGAGACUCCAAAACAAAAUCAAGUCAAAAAUUCACAAGCAAAAAAAUCUUCUGAUGACAGUGAUGAUGAUGAAGCUCCUCCUGCUAAAAAAGCUAAGAAUCCAGAGAAUCAGGGAUUCAAAGCUGGUAAAAAAAGGAAAGCUUCUGAAGGCGACGGUGACUCUGCCCCUCCUAAGAAGCCAUACAAUAAUUUUGUAAAGGGAGCAAACGUCGUUUCUACACCAAACUGUGACGAAUUGACAAGCAAUAAACCUGCUCCAUUUCGACGAGUUGUGUCUGAAAAAGUUGAAGUGGAUCCUAGACUUAAGGAUAAUUCUUUUGAAGCUAAGGAAGGGGAGACUCAAGAAAACGACGAAGAUGAAUCUGAAGGCAAUCAAAGUGGGAAUUGGCAAAACCGCGGCCGCGGAGGUUUCAACCGUGGUAGAGGAUUCAAUGAUAGGGGUAGAGACGGAUUCAGAGGAAGAGGUGGUCGCGGGGGCUUCGAUAGGGGCGGUCGCGGUGGCUUCGAUAGGGGCGGUCGUGGAGGCCGGGGAGGAGAUAGAGGUGGCCGAGGAGGUUUUAGGGGAGGCCGUGGAGGAGACAGAGGUGGCCGAGGUGGCGACAGAGGUGGUCGAGGUGGCUUCCGUGGUGGCCGUGGAGACAGACACUCUUGGGGUGGUGACAGAGGAGGAUUCAACAAAAGUUUUAAUGACAGAAAGAGUUUUGACAGUGGAGAUAAUCAAAACAAAAAAAUAGUUUUUGAUUAAAAAGAGUGGUGCCCGCGGUUCAUGGGGUGAGCGUGCUAGCUUAGAUUUGAAACAUACUCGUGGCAAAUCAUUUAAACAUGAGAAAACGAAGAAAAAACGUGGAUCGUACCGCGGUGGCGCUAUCGACACUGGCGUCCACUCCAUUAAAUUUGAAGAUUAAUAAAUGAAUAUUACUAUUAAGUAUUUCAAAUUUAUUGACAUAAGCUUAAGAUAAGAUUCUGUUAUGUUUAUAAGUGUUGACAGCAGAUUUAUAUAUUAUUUUUGUCUCUUUACUUCAUCGCAUUUAUUAUGACUAUGGAUUUAAUUUAGGAGACAAUAGUCUAAUAAUUUUAUGUCUUUAAUCUUACGUUAAUUGUAAGUACCAAAUGUGUAACUAUUUUUUUUUUCACAAAACCUAAGUGUAGGUUUUAUGCGAUUAUUAUGUCGCCCAAUGUAAAUUUGACAGUUAGGCAGUGAAUUGCCAGUGAAUAAUAGGUUCAUUGCUGCAUUAAAUUUGCAUUUACCUGUAUUAGAUGAAAUUAAGAUCUCAUGGGUCAAUUUAAAUGAAACUUUUUGUUACCACAUUUAAAUAAAAAGAGGAAUGUAUCUGAUUAAAAAAGAUUGGAUAUAUUUUACUAGCUUUUCGCUAGUGACUUCGCAUAUGUAUUAUACAUAUAAACCUUUCUCUUGAAUCACAUAUAUUGAUGAAAACCGCAUUAAAAUCUUUUGUGUUGGACUUUGUUAUACCAUAAGAAAUUAUGAACAUUAUUGCUUUUGAAUAAUGUUUCUAAUCGCCAGAAAAAUAUUUGUUAAAAAAUGAGGUAAAUUCAAAAUACUUAAUAUGAUUUAGGCAUUUAUUUUAAUUUGACAAAAUGAUUUAUUUAGCAAAAAAUGGCUACGACUAUUAAGAUUGGAACAAUGAAAAAAGUUGUAAAAACAGGGAAACUACGCGGCUCAAGCCGCUGGCGGAAAGCUAGUAU